GCCUCUACAAGAUCAAGCGCCCACAUUUCAAGUUGCGGCGCUUGGAUCGACGACGGCUCAUCGAUGACGAAGACGAUCAUUCGCAUUGGCACGGACGCGCCCCACAUGCCCGACACGGAAUGUGAGGCGAGCUCCAAGUUCCUCGAGUCGUUCAAGAAGAACUUCAAGAUCAAGAUUCAGAGCCUCGACGAAGAGAGCAUGGUCUUUGACAUGGUGGGCAUUGACGCGUCGAUCGCGAACGCGUUCCGCCGCAUCCUCCUCGCCGAGGUCCCGACCAUGGCCAUCGAGCACGUGUACAUCUGGAACAACUCGUCGAUCAUCCAAGACGAAGUGCUCGCGCACCGCUUGGGCUUGAUCCCGUUGAUGGUCGACCCGCGCGACUUUCAGUCGUUCCCGGAACACGAAGAGGCCGAGGCCACGGACGAGAACACGCUCGUCUUCAAGCUCGAUGUCGUCUGUGAAGCGAGCAAGGAAGAUCCGUCCGACAUCUCUAAGGCCACGAACGCGUCCGUGUACUCGCGCCACUUGGAGUGGAUCCCGCAGGGCAUGCAGGAGGAGCGCUUCGGCAACAUCCGCCCCGUCUCGGAAGACAUUCUGAUUGCCAAGCUGCGCCCGGGCCAGUGCAUUGCGCUCGAAGCCCAUUGCCGCAAGGGUGUCGGCAAGGACCACGCCAAGUUCUCGCCCGUCGCCACCGCGUCGUACCGGUUGCUGCCCGACAUCCAGUUCCCGGCGCCGCUCAAGGGCGCGGAUGCCAAGACGCUCCAGAAGACGUGUCCCAUGAACGUCUUUGACAUUGAAGACUCGGCCGCGAUCGUCGCCCGCCCGCGUGACUGUACCAUGUGCCGCGAGUGCAUCCGAGCGCCGGGCUGGGACGCCAAGGUCAAGCUCGGCCGUGUGAGCGACCACUUUAUCUACUCGGUUGAGACGGUUGGCAUGCUCAAGCCGGAGGAGCUCUUGCCUGAGGCCCUCAAGGUGCUCAUGGCCAAGUGCGACGUCGCGGUCGACUCGCUCAACGCUGUCGACGACGAGCUCAGCCAAGACGUCGAGAUGGAGGACGACGCGGACGAAGACGAGUAAGCAGGCAUUGAUAUAUAAUAUAUAUAAAGCACGAAGAUGAGCAUGGU